UCAUGAUGCAGCCAUCAGUGAUCAAUAAAAGAGUAAAACAUACGACAAAGUCGAGGUCCAUCAAUGAUCUUUCAAACGACGUACUCAUUCACAUACUCUCUUUUCUUCCGAUCAAAUACGCUUUCAGAACUACCAUUCUUUCCAAGAGGUGGUUCUUAUUGUUCUACUCGCUCGCAGUUAUUAGCAUAAGCGAUAACGAAGCCUACACGAAAAAGGCUUGGGUUCACUUUUGCAGAUUCGUGGACACAGUUCUACUCUCCACACACGCGGAAGAACAAACUCUUAAAACAUUUCAUCUUGACUGCCGAUCUAAAAACUGGAGACCUAAUAGUUUUAUUUGUUUUGACACAUGGGUUGAAGCAGCAAAACGACGCGGUGUUGAGGAUCUCUAUCUAUGCAUGUUACAAGUGAUGUUGUCACCUACCAUUUUCGUGUGUGAAACACUUGUGGUCCUCAAAUUGGAUAGAUUAAAUGUACCCUCUAUGUCUCGCUUUUCGGUUGAUCUUCCUUCGCUUAAAACCCUUGAUCUGUGUUUUGUUUGUUUUCAAAAUAGUGAUGAUUACAUGAAGCUUCUCUCCGGCAGUCCCAAAUUGGAGGAUUUGAAAACUUUAUAUAUUAAACUGAAUGUCCGUAGUACAGCGAUAGAGAACUUUGAAAAACCCUUGUUAUCGAAUCUCAUCAAAGCUAAUUUUCGUUUAUUCGAAGUUCCUUUUAGAGCUGUUUAUAAUGUGCAGUUUCUGAAUGUGCUUCAGAUGGGGACUCGUCUUCCUAGUGAAGAAAAUACUUCAUAUUACAAAAGCUUACCUAUAUUUGAAAACUUAAUUGAACUUCGGUUAUCGUGGACUUCACGUGUCACUCAUGACUGGAGUGAGGUAAUGAAAAUGCUCCAGAAUUGUCCGAAACUUCAAACUCUUUCGAUUAAAAAGUGGUGGGGUUCAAUUACAACUAUCAUGGAGAAUGGGAAAUACCAAGAUCAUGUUCCUGAAUGUGUUUCGUCUCAUCUUACAACAAUUAAUAUUACAAAUUAUCAAACUGUGGAAGCUGAUUUUAAAUUUGCAUCGUAUAUAUUGAAGAACGCAAGACUUUUAAAGGAUAUGACGAUCUGCUUUGCUAGAUGCUCAGAUAUAAUGCAGUGGACGAAAUGUAUUGAAGAUUUAUCUCGUCAAAGAAUCUCCGGUGCAUGUAAGAUUUCAUUGAGAUACUAAAAGAGUACCCUGUGAUUUCAUUAGUUUCUAUAUGAUUCGAUGGUGUAUUGAAGAUUUAUCUCGUCAAAGAAUCUCCGGUGCACAAAAUAAUUCCUCAAGUUACCACCGAUCGAUGAAUACAAUCACGGCGUAUUAUAAUAAGAUGAAGGUUUCAUGAAAUAUUUACUAGUUAAAUGUAUACAAUCAAGUUUAGUUUGGAAGUGCAACAAUUACAAUUAUUUAAGCACGAGAAUUUCAAUUUAAGUAUUUCCUACCAUUGAAUAAUUUUGAGGGAUAAUUGCUUUUAACCAUGCAGUUUAUUUCUGCAUAUGCCAUACAAAGUCUAAA